UUUUUGAAAUCUAUCCCUCAUAUGUGAUAUUAUACAGGAUGUAAGAUUUAACUUGUGUUCGAAUUCAUGACUCUAGUAAAAAAAGUAUAAUUUCGAUAUCUAUCGAUGUGUGUCGGCUGACAGUUAUAUGUCAGCUCUGACCCGUAAAAUAAUUUCGAUAGUCAUAUAUUUUCAUACAAUACUAAGAAGAUAAUAUGGAUCGUUUUUAUGUGUUGCGGUCUAGACUGACACUCAGUCUGAUUCGUACAGUUUUUUCGGGAUGGAUCAUAAUAAUGCUGAUUUGGUCCUUGUCAAGAGUUCUAUGUAUAUCAACUUGUUCUUUCAUUUCGACUAACAGAGACGUUGGUAAUUCAAAUAAACGCAGACGAUUAUACCGCUCUUCACUCCAUUGGAAUCCACACCGUUCGUACCACCUUAUAAAUAUACUUGCAGGAUCUGAGGAUUUCGAUUUUGUUUUCUUUUUUUUUGGUAUUCUGUCGUACUAUAUAUAUAUAUAUGUAUAUAUAUA